AUGGACAGAGGACAGAGGAGAAAAGACAGGAGAGAGGACAGGGGAGAAAGGACAGAGGACAGAGGAGAGAGGACAGAGGAGAAAGGACAGAGGAGAGAGGACAGAGAGCAGGGGACAGAGGAGAAAGGACAGAGGACAGAGGAGAAAGGACAGAGGAGAGAGGACAGAGAGCAGGGGACAGAGGAGAAAGGACAGAGGAGAGAGGACAGAGGAGAAAGGACAGAGGAGAGAGGACAGAGAGCAGAGGACAGAGAGCAGAGGACAGAGGAGAGAGGACAGAGAGCAGGGGACAGAAGAGAAAGGACAGCGGACAGAGGAGAAAGGACAGAGGAGAGAGGAGAAAGGACAGAGGAGAGAGGACAGAGUCAGGCCUGA